GAACAACAAAACCGCGUGAGGGCAGAGGCAAUGUCGGGUCGAGGUAGAGGAAAGAAUGCGAUCUCGUUUGUACAAAAUGACGAGCCAGCUUUCAUAAGACAAUUCAAGCAGAAGAUUGGUUACAAAGAAGGUCCUAAUAUCGAGACAAAGAGACAAGCUAUGCCAGAUUUUGACGACGAUGAUGAUCGUCCAGAGGAAGAUGAUGAGAAGCCUGUUGUUGUGGUGACCCGCCCAGGGGAUCUUACGGCAGAACAGGCCGAGGUCGCGGAGAUAAAACGUACCAAGGAGGAAGAGGAAAAAGCGAUAAAUGAAGGAAAAAUCACCUUUAAACGGCCAGAGAAGCGCUCAUCAGCAGAAACGAACCUCUCAGACUUAAAUCCCACUACAUCUAAAAAGAAAAAAGACUCCGAUAAAAAGAAAAUUUCAGGAUCAAAAAAGGUGAAAAACUCUAAACUUUUGUCUUUCGAAGAAGAUGAGGAAGAGGAUGAAACUUGAUCUCAAAUUCAGACCCUCAACCUGUCACGACAGUUCUGGGUAGUACAGGACUACGUCAAUGGUGAAAUAUUCAGACUCUCGACCUGUCACGACAGUUCUGGGUAGUACGUACAUACAGGACUACAUCAAUGGUGAAAUAUUCAGACUCUCGACCUGUCACGACAGUUCUGGGUAGUACAGGACUACAUCAAUGGUGAAAUAUUCAGACUCUCGACCUGUCACAACAGUUCUGGGUAGUACAGGACUACAUCAAUGGUGAAAUAUUCAGACUCUCAACCUGUCAGUUCUGGGUAGUACAGGACUACAUCAAUGGUGAAAUAUUCAGACUCUCAACCUGUCACGACAGUUCUGGGUAGUACAGGACUAUGUCAGUGGUGAAAUAUUCAGACUCUCGACCUGUCACAACAGUUCUGGGUAGUACAGGACUAUGUCAGUGGUGAAAUAUUCAGACUCUUGACCUGUCACGACAGUUCUGGGUAGUACAGGACUAUGUCAGUGGUGAAAUAUUCAGACUCUCGACCUGUCACAACAGUUCUGGGUAGUACAGGACUACAUCAAUGGUGAAAUAUUCAGACUCUCGACCUGUCACAACAGUUCUGGGUAGUAUGUACAUACAGGACUACAUCAAUGGUGAAAUAUUCAGACUCUCAACCUGUCAGUUCUGGGUAGUACAGGACUACAUCAAUGGUGAAAUAUUCAGACUCUCAACCUGUCACGACAGUUCUGGGUAGUACAGGACUACAUCAAUGGUGAAAUAUUCAGACUCUCGACCUGUCACGAUAGUUCUGGGUAGUACAGGACUAUGUCAGUGGUGAAAUAUUCAGACUCUCGACCUGUCACGACAGUUCUGGGUAGUACAGGACUAUGUCAGUGGUGAAAUAUUUAGACUCUUGACCUGUCACAACAGUUCUGGGUAGUACAGGACUAUGUCAGUGGUGAAAUAUUCAGACUCUCGACCUGUCACGACAGUUCUGGGUAGUACAGGACUAUGUCAGUGGUGAAAUAUUCAGACUCUCUACCUGUCACGACAGUUUUGGGUGAAGUACAGAACUACAUCAAUGGUGAAAUAUUCAGACUCUCGACCUGUCACAACAGUUCUGGGUAGUACAGGACUAUGUCAGUGGUGAAAUAUUCAGACUCUCGACCUGUCAUGAAAGUUCUGGGUGAAGUACAGAACUACAUCAAUGGUGAAAUAUGCAAACCUUUGAAAUGUCACAAAAGUUGUACAGUGCUAUAUUUUACAUGAGUCGGGAAUCUCUGACUUGUGGUCAAUGAGACUAGUGUAGGUAACCUCGGGGGCAGUCCGAGGGUAUAAAUAUCUGUUCUAUUAUAGAUUGUUGAUUGUAAAAAAGUGUCUAGUAAAUAUAUAUGGACAUAUUUAUCUGGACAUUCUUUUAUACAUUUUGUAUGUAUCGACAUUUAUCUGGAAAUUCCUUAACAAUGCUUCGGUCAUAACUUGCUUCAAGUAAUGUAAACAGGUGUCUGUAUACAUUGUUUGUAAAAAUUAAUUGUUUUCUUCACACUAGUUAUUUUUGAAAUUACAAUACCUUAAUUAUAAGAUCUCUUGUAGCUUUGCAGCAACGAGUGAAAAUUGCAAUUGUAACACAGGGAUUGACACUAACUUAAUCACCUUAAACGACCGCCGGGUUGCCAGGUUUUGGACUGAGGCAGCCUGGCCUGGGCUGCCAAAGGUGAUGCCCAAGUCCCUUACCCCAACAUUUGGGAAAAAAUUGAAUAUUCGAAACCUAUGCUGGGCAGUUUCCAGGUACUGACUGUAGGCUGGUGGUUUUUCUCCAGGUAUUCCGGCUUUCCUCCACCUCGAAAACCUGGCAUGUCCUUAAAUGACCCUGGCUAGUUAAAUGUCAGCCCGACCAGAUUCCAGGCAGCCCGGGCCUGCCGGGCUACUUUUAGUGUCGAUCCCUGUAACAACUAAACUCGUUUUGGCGGCUAAAAAAGAUGCGAUCCUUAGUAAAGAUGAAUAUGGCCUACUAGAACAAUUAAUUAGAACAUAUUCAUGUUGUUUGAUCUAUUUUGUUUAUAUUGAUGAGAGAAAAACAGUUAAUGAAAUAAUGAGAUGGAAUCCUCCUGAAGGACUGCCUGCUGUAAUGCUGUAUGCAGUAUUGAUUUUACACCUUUUAUUUACAUUAACGAGGAAAAAAAUUAUUACAAGUUAAUAUUUCAGGAAUUUGUUCUAUUUUAAUUUGCAAUAAAUAAAAGAAAAACAUUU